AUGUCUAAGUCCAUCAUUGACGAGCCAGAUCUGGCGCUAGACCAAUAUGACAACAUCUUCAUCCUGACCAUGCGAAAAGCACCAGAGAACAGAAUCAACAGCGCCUAUGCCCAGAAACUAAUCGCAGCAUACAACAAAGUCCACAAGAUCCUCGGAGACGAUGCAGAAGGGGCUGUCAUCACAAAGGGCAACGAUGCCAAAUUCUGGUGUACAGGCCUCGAACUAGACGAAGCCGACAACAAUCCUUACGCCAAUUCCGAGGGCUUCUAUCCCCUCCUGGCCACCCUAGUCGACUUUCCCUUCCCCACCAUCGCUCUCAUCACCGGCCACACCUUCGGCGGUGCAGGACCAUUCGCUCUCUCCCACGACUACCGCAUUAUGAACUCCAAACGGGGCUUCAUCUCCAUGCCCCCUGUAAAUCUAGGCCUUCACUUCCCCGGGAUUGGCGCUCUACCACGCCUGAAGUUGCAACCACAAGUGGCACGGAAGAUGUUAUUGGAAGCGCACCGCUGGACCGGCGAGCAGGCUUUAAAGGACGGGAUUGUGGAUGAGAUUGCGGAGCCGGAGAGAAUGUUCGAUGUGGCGAUGGCGAAGGCGAAGCAGGUGGCGCCAAAGUCGAAGAUGGGGGUUUGGAGUCUUUUGAGGAAUGAAUUGUAUGGAGAUGCGGGGAGGCAUUUCCGGGAGAUCAGUUAUAUCCAUGGGAGCAUGGUUGGAUCAGCGGCGAAGGCGAAGAUAUGA